AUUUAAUGAUAUGCAUAGAAUCAUCCGCUUCAUUAUGACCAUUGAAGAGAUCAACAAGAAUCAACGGUACCUCCAAAAUGUCACCCUUGGCUACAACAUCCAGGAUGAUUAUUUUAAUACAAUUGGCACUUCAGAAGCUUUGCUGGACAUGCUCUCUACCGGAGAAGCCAAUGUUCCCAAUUACAGCUGUGGAAGGAAGGACAACCUUUUGGCUCUUGUUGAUGCAGCUGCCAGUGAUAUCUCCAUCCAGAUGUCAACCUUAGUAGGCACCUACAAAGUGGCCCAGACCAGUUAUGAAAUUGUUUCGGAGGCUCUGAAUGAUAAAAGUCAAUUCCCCUUUUUCCACCCGAUGUUCCCCAAAGAAGGGAUCCAAUAUCCCGGCAUUGUCCAACUGCUCCUCCAUUUCAGAUGGACCUUGAUUGGUCUCUUUGCUUCAGACACAGAAAAUGGAGAGAAUUUCAUGAGGAUUUUUCCUCGCAUGCUUGUCAGGAAUGGGAUUUGUGUUGUUAUAUCACAACGAUUCUCAAUGACUCAAAGUAUGGCACCUCUCACGGAUGCUGUCUCUAAGUGGAGACAAGUCAAUGUCUUUCUUCACUCCAUUGAACAUGUUCCUCUUUUGGAGAGAAUUAUUCCUUUCCAUUUAACAUUUAAGCAAUUGUCUGGACCUAUAGAAGGCAAAGUCUGGAUCCUCACAGUCUUCGAGACAUAUCACAUGCGAAGGAACAGAGAUUUCAAGUACAUUCAUAGUGUAUGGAAUUUUUCUUUACAGGAAAAAAAAGUGACAAAAGAUAAUGCUGUAUCCAACAUCCACUAUCUAGAACGCCAAUAUCGAGAUCGGUCUUUGCACUGUUCUUUUUCAAAGCAUGCCUUUUCUGUCAAAGGUCGUAAAAGAUGCACCCAGAAACCACCAGUGGAGAACAAAAUAAGUGGUAUGCACAUUGUAACUAAAGUAAAAGUUUUCAAUAUCGUGAGGACUCUGUCCCACGUCUUGAAUGCUGCAUAUGCCUCCAGAUCCAGGAGGAGAAGAAAGAAGGACAAAGAGAAGUUGAGGGCUUCAAGGCUGCAGCCAUGGCAGUUUCACCCCUUUAUGAAGAAGAGUGUAUUUUGUAAUCUUUCCAUUUGGAAACUGUACGUGGAUCAAAAUGGAGAUAUAGCUGCAGAUCUGGACAUUGUGAGUGGGUUUCACUCUGACUAUGACCUCAUCAAAGGCAAACUGGGGAGUUUUGAAAAAAAGGGACUUUUUGUCAACCAAGAUGUUCUUCAACAGCUAACGUUGCUCAACCAGAGUUUCCCUCAAUCCAAAUGUGUGGAAAAUUGUCAUCCUGGAUUUGUCAAGCAGGCUCGAGAAGGAGAGCCGGUUUGCUGCUACGACUGCAUUCCUUGUCCAAAGGGGACCAUCUCCACUCAGGAAGAUACUGAAAAAUGCACCCAGUGCUCAGAUGAUCAAUAUCCAACUGAGAACCGAAUCCAAUGUAUCCCCAAAAGAAUAACCUUCCUGUCCUAUGAAGAAACUCUCAGCAUCAUCCUGAUCUCCUUUGCCCUAAUCUUGUUCUUAACCACAGGUUUUGUUUUAAUCAUAUUCCUUCAAUACCUGGAAACUCCCAUUGUCAAAGCCAACAAUCGGGACCUCUCCUACAUCCUCCUGGUCUCCCUCCUGCUCUGCUUCUUAUCCUCCUUGUUCUUUAUUGGCCGACCAAGGAAAGCCUCCUGCCUUCUCCGACAAGCAGUCUUCAGCAUUGUCUUCUCAAUAGCUGUGUCUUCUGUGUUGGCCAAAACGAUCACAGUGGUAUUGGCCUUCCUGGCUUCAAAACCAGGAAAUAGGAUGAGAAGGUGGUUGGGGAAGAGUUUGGCCAACUCCAUCAUCCUUUCUGGUUCUGGUGUCCAGGUUGUCAUCUGUGCCUUGUGGCUGGGAAUUUCUCCCCCAUUCCCUGACUCUGACCUCCACUCCCAGCCUGAGGAGAUCAUCCUUCAGUGCAAUGAAGGCUCCAUCACCAUGUUUUAUGUUGUCCUUGGUUAUACGUAUUUCCUAGCCACCAUUUGCUUCACUGUGGCUUUUUUGGCAAGGAACCUGCCUGGGGCCUUCAAUGAAGCUAAGCUGAUCACUUUCAGCAUGCUGGUUUUCUGCAGUGUCUGGGUCUCCUUCCUGCCCGCCUACCUGAGCACCAAAGGAAAGUCUAUGGUAGUCGUGCAGAUCUUCUCCAUUUUGGGACAGCCGGGAAUCCAGGACACCCAACUUGCAGGCCCUUUCAAUGGGGGCGAGUACCUCCGCCCCACAUCAAAAGUGACGGGACCUCUAGAACAUGGGAUGCCGGACCUGUCUAAUUUCCUGAAUCCUUUUGAUUUCCACGGCUUCCCUCUUUUGUCCACUUUUGCGGAAGAGACUCAAAUCCAGAGAUGGGGCAAGGAAAACACCUGA